AUGGGGAACUGUACAGACGUGACACAGUUCAUCCUCCUGGGACUAACUGAUGCCCCAGAACUGCAGGCCCCUCUCUUUAUCGUGUUCAGUCUCAUUUACCUCUUCAAUGUGGUUGGAAACCUAGGAAUGGUGGUGCUGAUCCUCAUGGACCCUAGUCUGCACACUCCCAUGUACUUCUUCCUUAGCAACCUGUCUCUGGUGGACAUUGGAUACUCCUCAGCUGUCAACCCCACAGUCAUGGCGGAGCUCCUUGCGGGGUACAAGGUCAUGUCCUACAAUGCCUGUGCUGCUCAGAUGUUCUUCUUUGUAUCCUUUGCCACCGUGGAAAAUUACCUCUUGGCUUCAAUGGCCUAUGACCGCUAUGCCGCGGUGUGCAAGCCCUUACAUUACACCAGCACAAUGACCACAAGUGUGUGUGCUUAUCUGGCCACAGGCUCCUAUGUUUGUGGUUUCCUGAAUGCCAUUUUUCACAUUGGAGCCAUAUUCAGUCUCUCGUUUGGUAAAUCCAAUGUGGUCCAUCAUUUUUUCUGUGAUGUUCCAGCAGUCAUGGCUCUGUCUUGCUCUGAUACACAUCGUAGUGAAGUGAUUCUGGUUUUUAUGUCAAGUUUUAAUGUCCUUUUUGCUCUUCUGAUUAUCUCGAUCUCCUAUCUGUUCAUAUUUAUCACCAUCUUGAAGAUGCACUCAGCUCAGGGACACCAGAAGGCUCUGUCCACCUGUGCCUCCCACCUCACCGCAGUCUCCAUCUUCUAUGGGGCCGUCAUCUUCAUGUACCUGCAGCCCAGCUCCAGUCACUCCAUGGACACGGACAAGACGGCGUCCAUUUUCUACACCAUGGUCAUCCCCAUGCUGAAUCCACUGGUCUACAGCCUGAGGAACAAGGAGGUCAAGAGUGCCUUGAAGAAAGCAAUUGAGAAAGCAAAAAUUUCUACCUAA